CACAAAGUGUAAUGUUUUGUCUACAGUCUACAGCAAGCUGUCUUUACACUGUUUCAUGUUCCACUACCAUAACAUAAUCUUAUGUGAUGAACCAUUUGUUAGUUCAUUGUUAUACAGAAAUACAUUUUAUUUUUUGUCUCUAGAAAUAAAGCCCUUUUCUACUAUAUUUCGCAGUAUCCCAUAAAUUAAUUCUAUCCCAUCGUUUGUUGCAGAUGUUCUUGCGGUGAAAGUGAAGUACCAUCGGUCGGAGCCACCAUGGCGUCGUAGACAAAGAUCCUGAUAGAUAGUUGCGGUGUGAUCGUGAAAGGUCGCGAUGGGCGUGCCGGGCGUGACGGACGAGUACUCGCCGCCGCGUCUCUCGCGGCUGCUGCACGCCUUGCCGCAUAUCAACGUCACCCUACAUCGCGUCAAUGACACCUUCGCACCUAAUUCUCCUGUAUACCUUGAGAGCUUGGGAAUCCUCGGCUCCAUACCUGGCGCCUGGCUGAUCCUGACGUUGACUGUGCUCCUCAUAUACCUGCUCACAAGAUGCUGCGACAGAAAGCAGCGUCCACCCAGAAGUAUCACCGCUUUAAAGAUAACGCUCAUGAUCCUAUCAGUCCUCUGCUGUGGGGCCAUCGGCGUGGGUCUGUUCGGCAAUGACGAUCUACACAACGCGAUGCUGCAGAGCAUUCAGGCUGGAAACCAGCUUGCUGCACUCGUCAAUACGGUUAAGAACCAGUCAAGCAUCCUAGAAGAAGCAAUGGGCUCCAGAGCGCGUGCUCCCCUAGCCCGACUAGCUGACGCCCUGGACGCGCCCGUGGCCAACCAGACGGCUCUAGGCACAUUACUCCGAGCCCUCUCAGCACUCAGGAACAAUGCCAGCGCUGCUGCAUCAGCCGCCGACAACCUCAGGCGACCUCUUGCUGCCCUGAACCUAGAUGCCUUCAUGAAGCGCGCGUGGGUGUGGGAGGCGGCGCGGUGGGCGGGCGGCAUGGCGGGCUGGUGCUGCGGCGGCGCCGUGGGUGCCCUGGGCGCGCUGGUGGUAUGCUGGCUGGCGGGCGCGGUGCUGGCGGCGGCGGCGGUGGCGGCGGCCGACGCCUGCCAGGAGCCCGCCGCGGCACUCGCGCAUCAUGCCCCGCAUAACCUGCCACAAGACAUGGUGCACUACUACCUAUCGUGCAAGGUGUCCCGAGAGAACGUGCUGACCGCUGAACUAAGGAACGCGCAGCGAGCCGUCGUAGCCGUGCGACAAGCUCUAGCUGUACUGGCCAGGGGGGCGCCGCAACUGUUCAACGAUCCUGGUCUGCAGCCAGCCCUGGGCGCGCUGGGCGCGGGCACUGGUGAGGCGGAGCGUGCGCUGGUGGCGCUCAGCGGCGCGCUGGAGUGUCGCAUGGCGCGCGCGUACUUCGUGGCCGCCGCGCGGGCCGCCUGCGACGCGGGGCUGCAGGCAUUAUCACUCCAGUUGCUAGCGGCAGUUGCAGCAGGCUUCCUAUUCACCGCCAUAGUGCUAGUGGACUCCCACGCAUGGAUAUACAUCAACACGAAGCGCGGCGGCGGCGGCGAGGAGCAGGCGCCGUUCCUGUCGAGCGGCGCCAGCAGCCAGGCCAGCCGCACCCUGCCGCGCCCCGCCGCCUACAACAACGGCAAGCCGCCCUCCUACGGCGCCGCCGUGCAGCUCAUGGACCUCGAACGACCCAGCCCGGGCAAGCCACCUUCCUACGGCGCUGAUGUGCAACUCAUGGACUUCGACAAACCAAGGUCGCGCAUGUCGGGCAGCGCCACCCUGGGCCGCGGCGCGGGCGGGCCGGGCGCCGCCGCGGCCCUGGGCGGCGCCCACACGCUGGGCCGCGCGCCCCACAACGGCAAGUACGCCACGCUCAGCAAGCAGUGCAAGACGCUCGAGAGCAGUCAAUCGGGGCGCUCGACAAGUCUGAACCGCUUCGAUCCCAAGUACGCGUCGUUCGGGCCGCGCGCGCCGCGGCCGCGUCCCGCCGCCGCCGCCGUGUCGCUGGGCACGUUCUCGGCCCCGCACGGGCCCCCCGCCGCCGACAAGUACGCCACGGUGCGGCCCGCCCGCAAGCAGCACGAGCCGCAGCCGCUGUCGGCGGCCGCGCUGGAGUACCGCUCGCUGCAGCGCCCGCGCCGCGCCAACCUGCCCGCGCAGCACUCCACGCACACUGCGCACCGCCGCCGCCAGGACCGCCCCGAGCGACCCGACCGCACCGAGCGCCCGGACCGACCCGAGCGCCCAGAGCGCCCCGAACGACCCGAGCGCGCCGAGCGCCCCGAGCGGUCGGAGCGUGCCGACCGCAUCCACCCGCCCCACCAGGACACCCGCGACCUGUACGCUGUCACUGAACUCUAGGGACGACCACGCGCCUCCUUAACUCCUCUGGACGUGUUCCUAUGACGCAGGUGCCGCGCCACUACCCCCCCAGUGCACCCCUGACGGCUUACAAAGACAUUAUUGUGUAACCCUCAGUGUUCCCUGACUUACGAACUUAGUGACUAUAUCGACACUCGUCGUUUCGCUAUGAAGAUCAUAACGGAAACAGAGUGAUUAUUAAAUCCUGAAUAAGUUUAUGGACAAGUGACAUAAGUUCUCACAAAUGUUUAAAAAUAAGGACGUUACAGAUCGAUCGUCGAUCGUUUCAGUUGCUUUUACGAAAGAAGUGAUUCGUUGAAAGAAUCGCUUCACAAAACAUUCUGCCAGCAGAUGUUUCGUAUGAACGAAUAAAUUCUACCAGUGCGUGAUUGCUCAAACCUUGUAAUUUAUUGUGAAUACUGGUCUAAUAUUUAUGUUAAAAUAUUUUGACGAAAGUUUUUAUUGAUUGCUGUCUCGAAUUUUUGUAGUAAAUCAUUUUAGCACAAAUAUUUAGGUAACGUUACAACUGUAACUACUCUCUAAAGUCAUCAUCUUAUGUAAGGCCUAUUUUUUUAAAUUUCUUGUAUUGCGGAAGUCUAUAAUUUGGAUCGGCAUAAGACGUUUUCAUCGUUAAAGAGAACGUGAACAGCGGCGGCUUAUUAAAUAUUAAUUUAUCAGUUUGUAUCAUAAAGUCUAUGAAGGCUGUGUUAGCAAAAUAUGUUAACGACCAAUAUUUUAUAUCAAUUUUGUUGAUAACUUUCAAGUUAAAGUGUAUAGUGACGACUGCUGUGUCAUCAGAGACUACGUAUGUUUUUGGACUCGGGUUUUCGCUCAAUAUAGUUUUAAGGAAAUAACCGGCUAUGGUCUAACUUUGAAACUGUUAGAGUUAAAGUUUACUGAAGCUUUUAGCGCUAUCUUUAGGACAAAAUUGCCAAAUUAUUGGAAGCAACUAAAUAUUAUUUUGGCGUGUUUCUAUUACAUUUUAUUAAACGUAGGCGGCUCGGAGCCCGACAGUAGACAUUUUAUUGCAUUGUAUAUCUCUAAAUAACUUAAGCGUGUACAUAAUAUUACCAGUAGCACAUAAUUUAAGUUUGCCCUUUUGUGGUUUUCCACAGUAUAUAAAUUAUAACUUUUCUCAACUAAAAAUUAUUAUUAUUUGAAUGAAUCUGGAAUCUCUGCCGGGUAAUAGUUAUAAAAAUGAUUUAGCUUUCAUAUUUAUGGCUCAAAAUUAAACUGAUUUAAAUUGCGUGGACCUAAUGUAAAUAUAAGUUAGGACUAUUAUUUAAUUUUAAAUUUGAAUAAAAACUUAUUUUAUUUACAGCUAAUACACUAAUAAACUAAUUGUAAAUAAAAUAAUAAACAAUAAGCAUUCCAUCGUGUGUGACCUAGUAAGAAGUGGAAUUGGUAGAUGCGAUAAACAAAAAAAUGUAUUAACUAUUUGUAAAUAAGGUGCAAAUCAUAACUGCCAUUGUGGAAGAAGAAUUAACCUGACAGUUUGUCUAUAAAAUGUUUAGUUAUAAAUUAAAACGAAGGUACUGCCCUGCUAUGACACCAGAAACUGUAACUAUAAAUUGUUUAUUCAUGGAAUUUCUUCUUGAAAAUAAUCUGCUUAUGAAUAAAAACCGGCAGUUUUGUCUAAUCCUACAAUAGGCUAUGCAACACUUUGUAAUGUAACAGAUCAUUUUCAAGAAAAUAUUUCCGAGGAAAACUUAUUAGCUGUAUCUAUUAAAUUAUGUAGACUAAGUAAGAAUGGUACCAUUUUAUUCUAUAAAGCGAACAGUUUUGUAUCUCAGUAUUAAAAUAGGGAAUUUUGUGAGACUUUACAACGACGUUCGUACGGUUUUUAUGAUCAAAUGUAUCUUUAAGUUUCUCAAAUUUCACGGUACCAUAAGCAGUGUAUUCGCCAAAGAUAAAGCAUAAUUUAACUUAAGUUAUAGUAAGGUCUAGUUAGUGAUAAUUAAGGUUCAUGUUUGUACAGCAGAAUGUUACUCAUCGUCAAUAUCAUAGUUAUCUUCGUUCGGUCCCAGUAGCCUCAAGAUUAUAUAAUUAAGUUAUUUAAGGCCAAUGAAAUAAUAGAUCAAUAGCUUUCAGAAUCCUCAACGUAGUCUGGGAUCGGACCGAAGAGGACGGCUGUUAAUAAUUGUGAUUAUUUCCUCGUCUGAAUGGUGUAAACGAAUAAAAUGCUAUACAGUCACUUUUGAGACUACGAAAUUUUUAUAUCUCUUUUUUACGACGUAAAUAUGUGGUGUCGUAAUGUGACGUGACUCGCUAUAGUGUGUAUAUUUGAAACGAAGUGAAUAAAAUAUGCAAUAACAAAAAUAUAAUAUCUACUACAUUGUAAGAAUACACAAUUUUUCAAUGUAAUUACUGCACACUAUUUAUAAUCGUAAAUAAUAACACUUAGACAGUUGUAAUAUAAAUGUUACGGUUCUUACGAGGUGAUUUCUUACCGGGCAAUGUAUCCGAACGUUGAAUGAUUCGCGCGGGAAAUUAACCAACAUGGCGUUUUGUUAACAAAUCCGGGAAUAGAAGUUGCUUCAGUUGUUUGAAGCUGGAAAGCUUGUUUGAAUUUAAUUUGCCUACAAUAAAAUAAAGUUACCGUAGAUUGGUAAUUAUAUUUACCUAAAUAGGAAGAUUAAUGCGAAAGUAAGGAACGCGAAAUUUCUAAUAUUAGCCUUUUAUUUAUAUAAGAAUGUCAAUGAGCAUCAAUUAAGAUAAGAUUAGGAAGUUUGGUUCUGCAUUUUCGCAGUAGGUUCGCUAAGUCAUUGCUAAAUAACUAUUCAAAAGGAAUGUAAAAUUGAAUUUUUAUUGAUAAAUUGUUCUGUGUGUAUUUUGUAUAAAAUCUGUUCGAUGUUCCCUUUAUAAAACAAAGUGCCAUAAUUUAUGUUGUUACUACAAAUACAAGUGAUUAUUUUGCAGCAUUUCCGAAAGGGAAUAAUAAAUAUUGGUAUUUUUGAAGAUAGAAUUUACAUGUUUUUGUUUUUAAAUAUUUUGAAAAAUCUCGCUUUAUUGAUUGUUUUGCUUUUUCAAGUCAAUUAUGGUGCGCCCGAGUAUGUUAAACGUAAAGUAAAUGCAUUUGAUGCUCCGUAGAUUGUGAGAGACGGAAUUUUAUAAGUACCUUAUAGUUAAAUAUUUAAUAUUGUGCCUGUUCAAAGUUUUAUUUAUAUUACUACGUUUGAAACAUUACUAACAUAUUGUGAAGAAAAAAGCACAGUGUUCUAGUUAAUUUCUAUGAUAUCGUUAACCUCAUCUUCAACAUAGCAGUUGAUUGCGCGUGUCUUCUUUUGGGGCCAAAAAUGUCACCGUUAAUUCAAAAAUGGCCGCCGGCUCUCACAAUUUUUGGAGUGUGUUAGUAUUUAAGUCUCAUCUCGUGAUGUAUGACGUGUAUAACGUAAAUUAUAAACGGUUGAUGAUAGAACAAGUGUAUGAGUUUACAAUGAAAAUAAUAAAUGGAUUAAAAAUAUUCUUUGACGUUUGAUUUUUUUUGAAUCUGUUGAUAACAUAACAUAACAUUACGCCUUUUAUCCUCGAAGGGGUAGGCAGAGGUGUACAUUAUGCCACUGUACAAUGUAACACCCACUUUUCACUAUUUGUGUUAUGAGUCCCAUGUAAUAGGGGGUGAGCCUAUUGCCAUAUACCGGGCACAAUUCCAAACUCCGUGCUACUACUGAGAAUUUUUAAAAACCCAGUAAUACUUUGCC